UGAUCGGUUAGUCUGGUUAACCAGUCCAGUUCCGGGUCGAACCGCUCCAAGCCUGAUUACCGGUUAACCGUUCCCAUUCGAUACGUGAAAACUGGCUAUUAUGGAAAGCUUAUGGGGCGAGAAUUCCGCGUGAGGCUCUAUUUUGUUUUCAUAAAGCCGAGGCCUUAUAGAAACUGCAUAUUUCCUCUCAAAAAGUUUUUGAAACAAUGAAACGUAUCAAAGAAAAUUCAAAAUUCGCAAACCCAAAUUCGUUUGCAGUAAGAUAAACGCAGAUUAAAAAGCACACGCCUUUUCCUUUUCUCCCUGUGUCUGCGCAUUAAAUUUUUGUUCCUUCAAUUUAUCUUUCUGAUUACGCCAACUGCUCCUACGUUAAUAAGAAGAAUAAUAUCGUUCCUGCAACUGCAUUAUGAAUCCACUGGAAUCGCUAAAUUAGGGUUUUUAUUUGUUCUUGUUUUUCUUGAUUUGGUUGUUGAGAAGAGCUGCAAUUAUGGCGAACCAAUCCAAGCCUCCUCACAUCCUGUGCGCGUCUUUCAAUCAAGACAGCAGGUACAAGAAAUGGACUCAAGUUAUUUAAUUCUGAGAGUGGAAGAUUGUGCUAUGAAACAGCAUCCCUUUAAUGUAAAGACUGACAGAAUUGAAACCUGAUACUAUUGUUUCGACGUUCGCUUUGGUUUGGACCCAGCCUAGUUACCAAUAAAAGGGAGAGAAAGCGUUUCAAUUUUUCGUUUCAAUUUUUCUUUUCUGUUUUUUGGUGGUAUUGUAUUGAUCUGCUUAAAAUAGACUAGAACUGAGAAAUUUAUGGAAUCAUUGCAAGGAUUGAAUCAAAUGAGCAUUAGCUGUAUGAGGAUUUUGGAUAUUGCAUGACUACUAUUUAUGUAAAUGGGGCAUACGGUAUUGUUGAGAUGUUGUACAGUACAAACUUUCUUGCCAUAGUUGGAGCAGGGGAGCAGCCAUCAUUGUCACCCCGUCGCCUUUGUCUAUUCAACACUGUAACUGAAUGUGCACUCAAAGAGCUGAACUUUUUGACUACAAUUCUUGCUGUUCGAGUAAAUAGGAAAAGGCUUAUUAUUGUAUUGCAGGAUAGAACAUACAUAUAUGAUUCAAAUUCUCUUGCACUUUUGGAUACAAUUGAAACUGUUGCAAAUACCAAAGGGCUUUGUGCUUUCUCCCCUAGCUUGGAUGGUUGCUAUAUAGCUCUUCCAGCAAAUACGACUAAAGGAUCUGCAUUGGUAUACAAUGCAAUGAAUCUCCAUUCCCAUUGCCAGAUAGAGGCUCAUCGCUCUCCAUUGGCUGCAAUGGCUCUUUCUUCUGAUGGUGUAUACAUAGCUACAGCUUCUGAGCAAGGGACCAUAAUCAGAGUUCAUCUUAUUUCACAAGCAAAAAAGUCAUAUAGUUUUCGAAGAGGGACAUAUCCAUCCACUAUCUACUCCCUUGCAUUUGGACCACCAAAGGGAUUCCCGCAUCUACUUGUGGCUACAAGCUCCUCAGGCUCUCUGCAUGUUUUUCAUCUUGACUCAGUUACAAAUCAAAGGAAUAAAAAAUCAGUUGGUCUGCUUGCUUCAGUGUUACCUAAUACUAUUAAUGGUGCACUUGAACCCAGUCAUCAUUAUGUAUUUCCAAAUGUUCUCCCUACAGGAGUCAAGAGCUGUGCCACCAUACAUACGAUAGAAAGAAUUGCCAGUGCCUCUCUGUCCAGGGCGUCAAUACAUGUAAUCACAUAUGAUGGCUAUUUCAGGGAGUAUAGAUUGAUCAUCGACGAUUCACAUGAUUCUUCAUGGGUCCUGGAGCAUGAAUUCAACAUGUUAACCAGACCCUCAUGAUUCUUCACGAAACUUGGAACAGGAAACCAAAGUGUUUCCGAGACCCAUAUCAUUCUUCAUGGAUUUGGAGCGCGAAUGCCAUGUGUUGACAAGGCUCGAUAAUAUUUUUAUGACCUAGACAUACUGGAAAUAGGUUCUCUCAAGGUUACAUUGUAAUUUGUAGAAGAGGGACGUGAUAUCUAUGCUUCUGCCUGAGCUGUUUGAUUCCUUGUAAAUAUGAUCUCAGUGAGUCCCUUCGUGUAAAGCAUGCUUGAAUUAUUGAAAUUGAGAAAAUAUACAACACGAUAUCAUGAUUUGUGUGGUUUAGGACUUUUUACA